GUGCAACAGCGCCACCUUCAGUGGGCACCAUGGCGCUGGCGAGGAUUGGUAAAUGUUGUCGGUCGUUGGUACGUGAGCCCUCUAAAGGACUGUUUUGCGGUGUUUUACAGCCAAGCUGGAUAGAUGGCUGUAUAGGAGCUAAGAGGCAUCUCUUGUCAGAAGACGUUAUCAAACUACAAGACUUCCAGCAAAAGAAGCUGGCUGUGGCUCACCUUGUCACUGGAACGAAAGGAAAUUAUAUAGAGCUGUUCAGUCACAAGCUUCAAAGGAAUGAGCUGAUACUGAGAGAUGAGCUGAAGCUUCUCCUUCACUUGUGCCAGUCUGCAGAUGACAUGGUGAUAGCCAGAGAUGCCAUUUAUAGGUACCAUGCAGAGAACCGGAACUUGGUGUAUGGAGAGUUUAAGUUUGGUCCUCUCUUCAUGAGACUGUGCUAUGAGCUGGGUCUGGAGGACUUGGCUGCUGCUACACUUACAGAUAAGAGUAUGAGAGAAUUUUUCAACGAAGCAACCUCCUUUAACAUCGCCUUAGACAUGUUAUUCACAAAAGGAUCUUAUGAAAAUGCCCUGGAGGUACUAAGAACUAUGAGGAACCAAGGUGUACCAUUCAACAAAGAAACAUUAAUACUGGCAUCUGGUAUUUGCUAUAAACUGGACACGGCGGAGUCGUACAGGAUCUGCACUGCUCUGAUAGAAGAGGGGCAGACCAAAGGGAACUUGAUCCCCAGACAUGCUUACUGUUUUGCUGUAGCAUUUGCACUUAGACGAAAUGAUAUCAUAAAGGCACAGUCAUUGUACUCAAAAAUAAUGAGCACUGACAGCAGAUUAUGCCAAAAUUUAAAGGUUAUAAUACUAGCAAGGUCAGGAGCAGUGACAGAUGCCAUUUCCAUCCUGUCUGCAGCCAUGGUGCUUAAAAGCCCUUCUUUUGUGAAGAAGCCUGAAUUUUCUCAGGAGGUGGUGGAUUUACUGCGCUUACAGAGUGAGGGCGGACCAUACAUGAUGAAAGUGGAGCAGAUAAUCACUCAUCUUGAGCGAGCUGAUCAGGUGACCCAGAAGACCAUCGAUAGCAUGCUCUGCCACACACCCACAGGGAAGAGGAAACCAGCGCUAAUGAUGGAGGAGAGGAGGACCAGCCGAAGGACUCUGAUGCCACUACAGUCCACUCUGCUGUCAGAGUGAAAGAAGCCGUGUGUCAUUGCAAAGUGCCUGCUUUAACUAAGGCUCUGAUGUGAGGUUGAACACAAUCAGUUAAAAAACACUAGUUUUGUAUUACCAGACCUUCCUCUACAACACUGCGGAGGCGGGUCUGGCUAGUCCACACAGCAAUUUGGGAUGGGAGAAAAACGCUCUGGGUUAUUGGCAUUUCUUUAAACCACUCACAAUUGUCUUGGAUGACGCUAACUGCUGAGUGGAGCCAUGGUGCCAUUGCAAAAUAAUCUCGGGAAGGAACUUGUUUUGGUGGAACCAGGUUCCAAAAUUAACUUUUUUGUCCACCUGCCAAAUGGCUAGUGAAUGAUCAAAUUUUACCAGCCACUCAAUAGGUAACCGUUGUUUUGGACCCUGGUGGAACGUAUGUACGUUCAAAGGUUGUUUUAGUCGUGCAACAGAAAACUCCAAUUUGACAGAAAAUCUAACUAGCUGUCUGGAUUUACCCUGCAGAGAUCCGAGUCUCUGUUAACCAUAGGCCUCAUAAAUUGACCAGAGUUUACAAUUACAACACAAAGAAAGCGGAAGGUAUUGGACAUCCAAAAAUGAACAACCGAAAAGAGUGACAUCCAGCGUGAUUUCCCAGCAGAAUGAGAGCAAUCCGGGAAGUGGAAUGUCGUAUAGACUAAAAAACAAAAAAAUAACUCUGGCUAGAGCACACUUUGUCAUGAUUACUGUAUCUACCUCUCCUUAGACAAAGACAUCCAUCUGCAGACUGGACUUCUGUCUUUUUUUGUGUGUUGCCCCUAUUCACAUUUGAUGAAAAAGGUCAAAAAUCUUCUUUUGUGCAGCAGGCACUUUCAUAGAUAGCUGCUGAGAGAAUUUACCAUCACACCAAUGGCAAUGGAUUUCCUUGCAAAUAUCUAUGCAUAGUAAGUGAUUUGGGAAGAAUAUGUUAUGUUGUAUAUAAAAGUGUGACUGAGUGAUUAAAGAUGAAUUGGAUAUUUAAUAAUG